AUGAAUAAUAAUGGAUUGAUUGUUUAUAUUAUUGGUACUACAGCAGCAGGAAAGACUAACUUAUCUUUGAAUUUAGGAAUAGACAAUUAUGAGAUUAUCUCUUGUGAUUCGAUGUAAAUUUACAAGGAAGCUAAUGUCAUGACUGCUAAAGCUACUGCAGCAGAAUAAGCAAUAAAAAAACAUCAUGGAAUUGAUUUGCUAGACUUAGAAUCUGAAGGGUUUAAUCGCAAAUAAUGGAAUAAUAGUAAGAACUUUUAAUAAAGUUUUAGUGGCAAUUCAAAAAAUAGAAGAAUUAUAAUCAAGAGGGAUAAUUCCUGUUUUAGUAGGAGGGACACAUUAUUACAUAGAAUCUAUUUUAUUUAAUUAAGAAAAUGAAGAGAAGUAAAUAAUACAAGCAGCCGAAUUAAAUUUACAUGGCAAGGAACCUUAUGAAUAUUUAAAAGAGAUUGAUCCUUUGGCUGCUGAAAAAUUUCAUCCAAAUGAUUUUAGAAGAAUUAAUAACUCUAUUAAAUAUUACUAAAGUACAGGAUAAUUGCCGUCUGAAUAAAUAGAUCAUCAUUCUGACGAAUGUAAAUUAAGAAGUAAUAAUUUCCUAAUACUUUGGCCUAAAUGGAAGAAAAGCGAAGAUUUAAAGAAGAAAGUAUCUGAAAGAAUACAUGAAAUGCUUGAAUAAGGAGGGACAGAAGAAAUAUUAAGAAUAUUUGAAAGAUUAGGUAACAAUCAAAAAGCAGUUGGUGGAAUAUUAUAAAGCAUUGGAUAUAGAUAAUUUGAAAAAUUGUAUUAAUAUUAUAAAGAAUCACAGUUGUAAUUUCCCAAUGUUGAUGAUAAAUUUCUAGAGUUACGUUAGGAAGGAUUAGAAAAGUUGAUUAAUGAUACGAUGGCAUACACAAAAAAAUAGAUAUAAUGGAUCAAAAAUAGAAUUCUAUGCAAUUCAAAAAUAGAUAUUAUAGCAAAUAGAUUAUUUGUAUUGGAAUUUGAAUCAACUUAGACAUUUAAAGAAUAAGUAGUGAUUCCAGCUUAAAAACUAUAUAAUUUAUUUUGUUAAUUAUUUUAACAGGGCAAAUUAGAGGAUGAGUAAUUUAAAAUUAGUUCAUAGGAUAUUGAAAAUAUCCCAAUAAUAACUCCUGAGAAGAUAGAAAAGUAUAAAGCAACUUAAAAAUUAAAAUAACGAAACAAUUGGAAAAAAUAAGAGUGCCUAUUGUGCAAUAAAAAGAUGAAUGGCCCAUAUGAAAUUGAAUAGCAUUUUAAGUCUCGUUAUCAUAGAAUUAAUCUUUUGAAAGAAUCCUAAUUGUAAAAGAAGAAAUAAAAAAUAGAUUGA